GCCCGUUGCAUACAGAGGCCGUCAGGAAACUCGCGCUCGUCGAGUUCGUCGAAGUAGCGGCGCGCUGGAAAACCGCAGCCCCGGAGACGGUUUCAGAACUCCUCGUGGAGAAAACGACGAGCGCAAAACACAUCAGUACAGUUUGAUCUCACUGCUGAAUGCUGCUCACACGCUCGUGGAUCAGAUCGGUGCUAACGUGCUAACCCGCUCGCCGGAUGACCAGAGGCUUCUGCGGAUCAAAUCAGGAAACACGUGAAAAGUGAUGGAUCCAGGAUGUGCAGGUGGGCCCGAUCGACAUGAUCCCUCCUGGAGGUGAGGAGCUGCUGCCUGCAUCGGAGAUGCUCGGACUGUCAUGGAGCGUCUCCUCUGGAUGCUGCCAUGGCUUCCUCUGGUCCUGUCAGCUGUGGGUGAGCUUCCAAAGCCUGUCAACGUCACCCUCGUCUCAGAAGGGUUCAGUCAUUUAGUGAAAUGGGAGCCUGGAGCAGGAACUCCUGCUCAGGCGUAUUACCAAGUCAGCAUUACAACAGAGAGGUCGGCGUCGGAGGACGUGGUGUCCGGCUGCGAGCGCGUUCAGCACCAGCUGCUCUGUAACCUGACGGAGGCCUGGUCCGACCCCACGCAGACCUACAUCAUCCUGGUCAGAGCCGCGCUGGACCAGCAGGCCUCACAGCCAGCGUACGCCCCCAGGUUCAAACCUCUCGAUCACAUGGACCAGCCGCUGCUGACCGUCACGCACUGCCGCAGAGAUCUGUGUGUGGACCUUCAGCCUCCCGUCGAGCGCUAUCGAGACGUCUACGACCGGCUCCACUACCACCUCCAAAUCAAGAGCCGCGAGUGGGAUGAGGCUCGCUUCCGAGACGAACCUCCCAUCAAAACUCAAGGUCUGAGGGGGCAGACUCUCAAGAACCUGCUUCCUGGAAGACUAUACUGCGUCUCGGUGAGCUUCUGGGAAAUCCUGGAGGAGACGAAGUCCAACUUCAGCAAACCUGUGUGUGAAUUCUCCGCAAUUUCAACCCCUGAAGGCUUUUGGAUCCUAGCUUCGCUGGUCUUGCUGAUGGUCUUUGUGGGGAUUGUUGCCUCCCUGCUCAUCUUCACUGGUUUCAUCUGUUUGAGAGAUACAACACUGCCUUCAGUCCUGGCAUCCAUCCGUCACACCGAGGAGAGACUGGCGGCCGCCUGCAGCCCGUCCCUGGCCUCGCUGUGGAGCGUGAAGCCGUGCGACGCCGACAAGGCGUCCAGGUCGUCGUCCUCGGACCUCAGCGACCAGGAGGGCGGCACGGAGGACGUCGCUCAGAGCGCCGGCAGCGCCUACGAGCUGAAAGCGGGCACCGCCAGCCUUCGGUCCUCUUCCUCGUCUUCGUCCUGCCAGCCCGAGCCCAAACACGGCGACUUCUCCGUCCGGGUACCGGAGCCCGUCGUCUCGGCUCCCAGAAGCCAGCGCGGCGCCGACGAAGAGGAGGACGAGGAGGGCGAAGAGGGAGACGGCCAGGAGGUCAACCUGCUGUCGUUAAGACUCGGGAGGUUUGAGGAGAUGGAGGACAGGGAGAACCUCCUCUCAGCGGAGGACGAGUCUCCCGCGCCGCUCUCGCCCGCCUGGUUUCCGGAGGACGGAGCCUCAGAGCCAGCUUCGGGCUGCAGCGAGGAAGAGCCGGACGACGACUCGGGCUACACCAGACGCCCCAGAAUCAACGUCCAACGCAAAUUCAAAUAGCACUCCGGGAACAAAACUUACUACUCUCAAUUCUUUUUUUUUUUUUUUCUAAAGUAUGAAAACACUGAAACAUUUUCAAUGGAUAAACUUUUUUUCUGGAUGUCUUAUGAUCAAAAGAAGUUCAAACAUGCACCUUUUCCUGUGUCCUCGGCUCACGAUUUCACACAUUUGCUCUCCAUUUCACCACCACAAAUAUUUGUUGUUGUUUGUCGUUGUGAUUUUUACAUUUACAGGCUGGAAUGGACACAAAUGGCUGAGUUAAACUAAACCAAGCAGUAACUUUCAUUGAUAACUAUUAUCGUUGAGGUUUGACAAACCUUCAAUUUACUUUUGUGUAUUUGUUAAAUGUUUUAAAUACAAAUUCUCCGACCAACUCGUCAAAUCUUUCCUAUCCAUUCAGUCUAAAACCGCCUGCAGCUGCAGAAGAUACAUCACAGUGGAAAUAAUUUUUCCUUUUGCACUUUUGUUGAGAUUUUUCAUUUAUUCUCUCACUGCUGUGUCAUCGCAUUCAUCGCACCGCAGAAAAUGUUCAUCAUUCACAAACAAGAAAAUAAAACUUAACUUAAAAUACCA